AUGGCGAGAACUGCAGCCUCCGUCGUCCUCGGCUUCCGACGAUCCUCCGUCGUCUGCCGUCGCGUCUCGUCUGCAGCCUCUCCGAGCCCGCUCCUCCCCUCUCCUACACCUUCUUCUUCCCCGUCCUCUCUCUCCUCUUUUCCCCAAUCUUUCUUCUCUGCGUCCCCUUCGCCCUCUUCUUCCUCUUCUUCCUCUUCUGCGAGGCUCUUGGGCGCCAGCGUCGUCUGGGGGCGUCGCUGUCUCGCGACACACGCGACGAGUCCCUCGGCUUUCGUCGCCUCUCUCCCUUCGCUUCCUUUCCCGUCGCUCUCAGCUCCCGUGGGCAAGGGAGAUGGACGACCUCACGUCGCCACAUUCCGGCUCGCCGCCGCGUUUUCCACAACCCCCAGCACGCUCCCUUCGCCCGCGGAGUCUGCACAGCCGGGCGAGAAGGCGGAAAGAGACCAGAAGCCUCUCGACUUGCCUCUCCUCUUUGACGGCGGCGAAGAGCGUCUGAGUCCCCAGCAGGUGACAGAGAAGGAACAGCUGAUCAAGGAACUGACACAGCGCCUGAGCGGCCCCCUUGCCGAUGCAGAUGGAAACGUGCCGACAGGUGCGGCUCGACCGAUCGCAAUCGAGGUGGACGGCCCCACGCACUUUUACGCUAACAGCACUCGCUACACGGCUUACACAAAGUUGAAGCACAGACUCCUCACGCGAAUGGGAUACAAAGUGCUGCAUGUGCCGUACUUCGAAUGGAGACGACUCAGAGGACAGAAGGAGCGCGAAGAGUACAUGCGCCGGAAGCUGAUGGAAGAACCAACGGAGUGGCUAGACCCUGAAGAUGAAAAAUUCUACAACGAAAGAAUGAAGGUUUUGAAGCAGCAGUACGAAGAAGAAGCGCGUCGUGCCGCGGGCCUCGAUCCCGUGAAGCCUGAGGGAGAGAGUGCCGCUUCAGCCCCCCUGGCCUCGCAACCGUCACAGGUUCCUCCGGACUCGCGUGUCGCUUCUUUCGAAGGCGGUCCAGCCGGCCCCAAGAGCGAGAGGAACCCCGCGAAGGCUUCUCGCGCGGGCGAGAGGAGAGAGAGAUCGCGAGAGAACCCCGAGAGUCGCCCACAGUAUUCCCAUCCUCAUGGCCACCCUCCUCAUGGCCAUCCUUCUCCUGGUCAUCCUCAUGGUCUGCCUGCUUCGCCGUAUCCGUCCUUUGGCUCUCCCGGUCAGGACGGGGCUCCUCCUCCUUUCCGUCCGCCGUCGCGGCCUCCGCCGUUCCCUUCGUCGCCGGGACAGAGCCCUCCUUGGCAGCCCGCGUUUCGACCGUAUGCUGUCCCGCAUGCGCCUCCGCCCUAUGCGCAGGCUCCAACCUUUCAGCCCUCUCAUGCGCCUCAUGCACCAGCCUCGCAUCUCCAGGCUCCACCGCACCCCCUUCCUUCACCUGCCACGGCGGCGCCUCCUGUGCCUGAGGCGGCGAGCGUGGAGGAUACGAUUGCGCAGAUCAAACAGAAGCAAGACGAGCUCGCCAAGAUGCUCGCGCAGCUGAAGAGUUUAGAGGCGGAAGUCGGCAAGAAGGAAGGCGCCUCGUCAGCUUCGCAGGGACCAGAAGAAGGGGAGGUGUUCGCUGGGCGGCACGGGCAGCGAUAG